GUGAAGCUCCUCAAACAGAAACUUCUACUUCAAGGGGCGCCCAAGGAAAUGAGGUUUUUAGCUGGGCCAUCACAGAAGCAGCCGCUCCCAGGACGUGAAAGCCGGGAUCUGCCCGAGUCUCCUGGAAGGGCUGCUUGACCGAGGACAAGGGGGUCAGGACCCUCCCUGCCGGGGAAGUCACCGAUGGACUGUGGACACUUGGCUGAGAGCAGCGAGGAGGUCUCCGGCCCAGGCUCGGAGCCCGAUUCCCUGCUGCCUUCUGCUGCCGGCAGCAAUUCCUGCCCGCCCUCGGCGGCUGGGCAGAGGGCUGGGACAUCUCCUGGCAGACCCGCCGCUGCCAACGCCGCUCGAGAGCGCAGCCGGGUUCAGACCCUGCGCCAUGCUUUCCUGGAGCUGCAGAAGACUCUCCCCUCUGUGCCGCCCGACACCAAGCUCUCCAAGCUGGAUGUGCUCCUCCUGGCCACCACCUAUAUCGCACACCUCACCCGCAGCCUUCAGGAUGAGGAAGAGUCACCGGGAGAAGGCUUGGGUACCCUCCGAGGGGACGGAUACCUCCACCCUGUCAAGAAGUGGCCAAUGCGUUCCAGGUUAUACAUUGGAGCUACGGGACAGUUUUUGACUCACUCGGCACAAGGAGACAGCACAAACCAAGGAGAAACAUCAACAACUUCCCAAAUCUAA